GCUUUGGCCAUCUAAUCAACAAAGGACAAAGUUUUGACAGUUUCGAAUAGUUGAAUAAGUUUUGAAUUGUUCAUUAUGAGAAGUUGUAGACAAAGAAUUUCGGAAUUUUAUAAAUGAUUCUUAAAGAGAAAUAAAUUAAGAAAUAGUGAAAAAUGUUCUUGAAAAGAGAAAAUAAAAUUCGAAAGUUGUCUGAUGCUUUAAGUUUAAUCAGGAAAUCUUUGACAUGCAGUAUUUGUCUCGGAGUUUGUACUGAUCCCUACACUCCUCGCUGUGGACAUCCAUUUUGUCAACAAUGCAUUAAUAAAGUGAUGAUAAAACGGAGCGCACAUUGUCCAAUGUGUAAUGGAACACUAACACGCCGAACUCUGGUUCAAAAUAAUCAAUUAAAUGAUAUUAUUGAACAUUUUCACAAAAUUGAAAAUGCCGUGAAAGCUGAUAUUAAUUUCAAGGUUGAUGAUCAUAAUGAAGCCACUCUUGAUAGUGAGACUGCAAAUAAUAUUUUGAAACAAACUUCAGAAAUUGAAAAUCCAAAAAGUGAAAAUAAACGCAUGAUUGAAAAAAGCAGUCCCGAAGAAGUGAAUGUUUUAACGGAGAAAGUUGACAAUGUCAUGAAUCAAGAUUUCAGUUUUGUAAAGAAUUUACAGUCGCAAAGUUUGAGUUUGCCCGAAGAUUCUGUAAGGCCGUCGUUUCAAGUUCAACAAUUUAAAUCUACAAUUUCUACAAAAAGUGUAUUGGAAAGAACCAGAAAAUCUUCGGAGACUAAUAAUCUUGUGCCAUUUAAAAAACUAGGUCGAAUGUUUAAGAAACAAAGGCAAAUUCCCUUUUAUUAUUUUGGUAAAUUAAAUAAAUCUAAGAAUGAAGAAAGGAGAAAUGAUGAUUCAUUCACUACUACAGUUCCAUGUUCUAAAGAUUCCAAAGUAGCAAAUUCAUUUAUUACAAACUUAUCUGAUUCCGGUAUUAGUAAAACCAGAGGAAAUUUGAGUCUAGAAAUUUCAAAAGUGAACGAUAGCUUCCAAAAUUCCCCUCCUUCUGAAAUUAGAACUUUAGUUUUAAUAUCCCCUCAAAAUGAUUCACAGUUAAAAGAUUUAAGUCCAGAUACUUCAAAAAUGAACGAAAGCAUACCAAGUUCUCAAACUGUUGAAUUGCGAACUCUAGACUUAGUACCUCCGCAAAAUGAUUCACAAUUGAGACACCUUUCAAUUGAUACACCUCAAGAAACAAGAGAAAUUCCGCUUUCGAAUAAUGAAGUUAAUAAUACUCAGAAGGAAACCGAUGUCCAACAAAGUGAAAAAUACAGACACAUUUUAGACGAUCUUGAUAUUAAUACUGAACUAUUUAAAGAAUUGGAAAGUUUUCCCCAGUUUAGGGAAAGUGAUAAGCCUGUCGAGAAUGAAGUAGUGGAAGAAAGUAACAAAUUUGAUCAAAACACUGACAGCAGCUCAAUUGUUCCAUGCUCUCUUAAUAGGGUACUUGAAAAGCCGCCUGUACAUGCAGUUAAUUCUUUUCAUUCUCAUUCACACAGUCCGGAACCUGAGGAUCUUGCGAGUCAUUUCUUUGCCGAUGUCAUUGAAAAAUCGAAAAUCAUUCGAAGACAAUCCAGUCUGAAUCUCGUGAAUACAAAUAAAGAAACUUCUCCGAAAAUACAGUCCGGGGUCAUUACUGGCGAUUGCGAGAAAAGUAUUGCGAGAAACGAGCAAGAGAUUCUUGCAAAUAAACUAAAUUCGAGCACAACGGAACCUUCCCAACUUUUCUCCUUUAUCGACAAGUUCAAAGAAAAUAGAAAAGCAGCGAAUGAAAUAGAACAAGUGCAGUCGCACAAUAAAGAUGUAUCUAUUUCUGAGAAAGAAGAUUUGGUAAACAUGUCGAAUAUAUCGAUGGACAUUUCCGAAGAACAAAUUAUGCUUGACAAAUUUGAGAAGCAACUUUUCGGGGUAAAGACUUGCCAGGAAGAUUCACUCACUAUUCCCGAUAAUUUAAAAAAAUCAAAUGAGGACUCGAGAAAGUCAUCCUUCUCCUCUCAUAACUUUGAAACAAAUGCACUAGAAGAGAAGAAGCCAUCUAAGAAAACAGGAGUUAAAAGAAAAUCAUAUCCUCUUUAUCACAGUACACCAAAAGUUAUGAAAACAAAUACAUCGCGAACGUCUAAAACUUGUUUGGACCUAGAACCAUUAAAUACAUCGCCUACGUUUGAAAAUCACGACGAAACGUGUAGGGAACUAAUCGCAGAAAAAGGUUUCGAAGAAAAACGAAAGUUAUCUUUUGUUUGCAGUGGUCUGUCAGGUUCGCAAAUUCAAGAGGUAAAAAACCUGUGUGAAUUAGUUGAUGCUGAUUUUAUCGGCAGGUUUAAUUCCACCGCCACGCACGUGAUCGUUAAAGUUGUCGGACAGCGAAAUACGGCAGAAAAGACUUUAAAAUAUUUACAAGGAAUUGCUUAUGGAAAGUGGAUAGUUAGCAUAGAUUGGGUGUCUGAUAGUUUGCAAAGAAAAGAGUUGCUCAAUGAAGAUAAAUAUGAAGUUGUUGAUAAUUUAACUUUAGAGGAAGGUCCAAAAAAAUCACGGUUGAGAACAAGGAAUAUUUUUGAAGGAUUCAUCUGUCUCUGUCAAGGUCCAUUUAAUGAUGUUUCCGUUGCAGAUUACUCGGAUUUACUAAUUCAUAUGGGAGCUACAAUUCUACAAAAAAUGGAGGAUUUUAUUAAUUAUAAUAAUGAUAAUAACAAGAAGAUUAUCAUCAUGCAGUGCGAUCAUUGGGAUGAUGAUGUAAUAAGGGAUUGGUUUAAGAAAACUAAAGCAGUGCCAGUUGAACAAGAGUGGUUAGUUGAAUGCAUAAGUCAGUACAAAGUAAUCUCUUUGUUCGACUACAUUCAAGGAAUAUCGCCAGAGGAGGCUUCCACUGUUGGCUUACCAGAGGAUCUUUUGAAAGAGGAAUUUGAAUACGAUUCCGAAGACUGAGUCAAUAUUAUUUAAACAAAUUCUUUAUUGUAAAUAAAAUAAUAGCUGAAUUUGCAAA